UAUCAUGGCUACAGCACCAACAGAUGUCAUACAGUCACCUGAAACAGGGGAGACGGUUGAAGAAUGCACAGGAAGGAAAAAAUCCAAAUUUCAGACUUUCAAGAACUUCUUUGCAAAGAAGAAAAGGAAAGAGCCUCCAGCUCCCCAGGGUGAGAGUAAUUUAAAACCCAGCCAGUCCAGCAGCGAUGUCAGCAUCUCCGUGCUUGACUCCACAGCACUUCAUUCACCAAAGGAGGCUGGGCCCAAAGGAAACAUGGGAAGCAAAGCCUUAUCCCAUGAYAGUGUCUUCAUUUUGGAAUCUUCACCAGCAAGUGUGGCAGGUGACACAGCAUCUCAGGAGAACAUACCUGGAAGAGUGAAGGCUUUACAGCUUCAAUUGCAGCAGAAUAUCAGGCUUGGAUCGCCUCCUCUUAUUAUAACGGGAAGGAAAGUGGAAGAUGCAGGUGCUGUUUCUGAAGAUGACGGAUUACCGAGGAGCCCUCCUGAUAUUUCAAGCCUUCAUGAAGUUCUGACGGAUUUACCAAACAAGUCCUCCAACCUUGUUCAGCGUCAUAGCUCUUUGAGUUUAGGCGGCACAGACAGUGAAGAUGAACAGACAACUUCUGGAGAUUCCUCUAGGCCCAUCAGUCCUUCUUCCUCUGCUGCCCUUGGUGCCUUGGGCGCACGAGGCCGCAACUUCCUGCCCAUUGACUUCACCGUCCCUGCUAGUCCCGUCGGCUGCCUGGACACCUCGGCAGCCAGGCACAGGAUUGCCAUAAACCCCCGGAGGCAGAAAGGCUUUGCCAACAAGAACCAGCAAACCCAGGUGGACCAGCUGGAAAGUGAAGCAUGUUUUCCUGUAGCUCCAGAAAAGAAGGGAAAUGCAACAGAAUCUCUUGAGAGUGACCAGCAUAAAAGUGAUUGGGAAGGCUUAUCAACAACCCAGGCGGAAUAUGGUGCAAGAGGAAGCGGAUUUAAGGAGACACUACCUGUAACAAGUUCCAGUGGUGCUGCUCCUGAUUCUUGCAAUUCCACAGUAGUGGCAGAAGGUUUCUGUGCUCUGUUGCAAGAGCAAACAUGUUUUCCAAGCACGGAUCAUCAGAAUAAAGCAGCUCCUCCAGCAAAUGUGGAGGAAGAACAAAGAGCAGAGGUGCCGUGCUGUUUGAGUGAAGCCACUGGUGAAUUGAAAUUACAUCAGGAAAAUGUCAAUACUGAAGUGUCUGCACUUCGAGAAUCUCAGCAAAUGAAAGCAGAAGCUGUUUUGUUGCCAGACGUACUAACAGAUGACUUGUUUAGUGAUGGCAUGGAAGCUCAAGACAUAAAAACAUUGGCAGAUAUUGCACAGAAGUCAUCAGCAAAAUCUGUGGGCCAAAAGGAUGAAGACUUGGAAAAGGAAGAUCCACCAUCUACUGGCAAGAUAGAAGCUUGCCUGGGUCCUAGUGAAAAUGAGUCCAUCCACUCCAUCUCAGAUCCCACACUGAGCAUUUCUCAGGUUGCUCUGGCCAAUUCAGGGUCUUUGUUUGAAGAAGUGGCAGUGGCUGUUUUGAUUCCUGAAAACAGUUCAGGAGCAAGAAAUGAUAAAGAAACUUCUGAAAUUAUGGAAGUACAAUCAUCCAAAGGCAAUGCAGAAGCCAAAACAGAUGCUGCUGCAUCUGGCUUGGAAGCAGAUUCCAUGCUGACCCCCAGUAAAGUAGAUGCGUGCCUCAAAGCAGAAAUACCUUGUUCUAUUUCAAAGGGUAACGAAGACAGUCGGCAAACCAGCACACCAUAUACCUUUGAAAAACUGUCCAUUGGAUGUCUGGCCUCCUCAAGUUUGUUUGGCUUGAAGAGUAACAUCUCUUCUAAUAAUGACAAUAAGGAGUACCAGUUAAGCAGUACAGCUUCUCAGACAAAAACAGUGAGAGAGAGCCAAUCUUUGGAAGAAAAUAUAAAAACUCCACUAAAGAGUGCCGCUGCUAAACCAGUUAGAUUUACCAUUGCUCCAGCAUGGCAAAGAUCUCUCUCAGGGGGUUCAAAUUCGAAGGAAGAUUCUUACAGCAGAAGUUCACCUACCUCCCCUAUAAGACCAGAGUUGUUUGAAGGCACAACAAAAGAGCACACACAUUUUGAUGCUGUCAUACAAGAGUCUGCAAAAAACAACUCCCAUAGAUGUGGUCAUGACAUUAAGGACAGUGACUGGCAUUCGAAUUCUUCCAUGGAGUGGGGUGACCAYGAAGCACAAAAUGUUGAAAACCCGUUUGGUGUCAGACUGCGGAGAACAUCGUCAUUGCUGAAGUACCAGAGUGAAAGUCGUGCUGAGAAUCCAAAGCUGCUCCCCUCGGCUGCUCCCACCUCUCCUUCGGUUUCUGUCAGUGAGGAUCAGAAAUCAGCUGGCCCCGAGAAGCCAUCCCCAGGCCUGCCUGUUAGCACAAAACCAUUUGUUAAAAAAUCAGAUCUCCUUGAAGAUAAAAAUCCUCCCAAGGCAAAAUCUGAAGAAGUGGCAAAGAAGCGAAAUGGGAGUAAACCUUCAGAAAAGGUCUCCACUCCACAUUUGGAAACUGCUUCCUCYGAACCAGCUUGGGUCUCCAUGGCAAAACUAAAACAAAAGGGUUUCCAGGGCCACCCUCUUGCCAAAGAACAUAAAGCUGAAGACAAAGCUUGGCCCAACACAGAUCAGGAGGAGCCAGCUAGUGAGAACGUGUUGAGGAAGAGCAUGCCUCCCGCUUCAAGCUCGCAGGAAAAGAAACUGCAAAUGAAGAGCAGUGUGUCUGCUGCAGCAGGUAAAGUUGGACCUAUUACUCAGGAAACCUCUAUGAUUCCUGCUGUUGAAAAGGAAACACGACCCUCAUCUAACCUGCCAAUGUCAUCAUGCAGCCCUGUUGAACCACCAUGGCUGUCCCUGGCCAAGAAGAAAGCCAAAGCAUGGAGCGAAAUGCCCCAGAUUGUACAAUAGCAAAUGACCCGAGCAUCCUUCUUGAUAUUGCCAAUAGCUGCAUUAACUCUAUUUAAUCACUUCUUUACCUUGACCAUUUUUGAGAAAUAAGAGCCUUAGAACUUCCGUCCAUUACUGUUACACUGAAGCAAUGAAGAAAUGCCAUUGAGGGCUUAACCUAAAGGAGAAGGGAGCAGAGUAUUUCCCACUACCAAAUACUAGGAAAACUUGAUCAAUUUGUUGUGUACUUACAUGGUUGACUAAAAGACACUUAUGCUCUAAGAAGACAUGCUUCAGGCUUUUUAAUGUUUCCCUUUCAAAAUAUAUUUAUAAAGUUUCCACUAACCACACAGUAUUUUGUGAAAUUUGGCUUUGGAUAGGAAAUUAAUGUGUGCUUAUAAAAUAGAUGUACUGCUGUGCACUGACACAUCAUGACUCAUGGACACUGGUGUCAUAACACUUCUCUAUCUGAUGCUCUGAGGCGGACAGUCUGACCUUGCUUCUCGUUGUUAAUACAUCAAUUUUGUUUUGUUAUUAGGAUCCAAACAGUUGUGUGAGGUGGAGUGAUUCUAUUUUUCAAGUGAUUUGAAAACAAAGCAUUACAGGGCCUUGAGCACAGGGCCUUGAGCACUGAUGGCUGUUGGAAUGGCCCAGAGCCACCACCUUCUGCACUGUUCCACACACUAGAAAACCACUUCUCUCUAAGGUACCCUCAGCUCUUGGCUGCACUUUUGGAAAGCUGGGAUAAUUUCAGAUUGGGCCUUACAUAAAAAUAAGUCCUUUCUUCAAUUAUGACAAAAAAAUUUUGUGUGUAUGUGAAAUUCUUCAGUCAGUUGUCACUCCUGGAGAGUAUGUUGGUGAUGGGAAAUAAUUAUAUGGCAGAAGGUGACAUCUUUGCAGCAAACACCACUGCUGUCCAUGUUCAUAUGGCUGUGUAUUUAGACAGGUGUAGUUACUGUAAUUUAUAAAAGGUCAUCUGGUUUCCUCCUUGUCUCAUCCUUUUUUUUUUUUUUAACCAAAAAAUCAACAUCCUUCUAAAAAUGUGCAUUUAGGAAAGGAUUAUUCUUUCAGGGCUGAGCCUUGCAGUCCCUGAAUCAACAAGAGUUUUGCCAUUGACUUUGAAAGGAGCAGACUUUUCAAAAAGAAAUUCAGAAAGUGGUGAUAGCAGUUUAAAUGGCAGUAACACUUACUAUUCCUUUUUCUUUUUGCAGAAUUGCACAUUUAUAAAGUAAUUUUUGUUUAUAGGCAAGGCAGAAUUUAAAGGCUGACUUGGCUGAUGGACUGGUUUUAGCCAUUUGGUAGGURUGCUUAAGGGGAAUGUUAUCUAUUCCUAAAUUUAGCAACAAAGCAAAAAUUUUGGGUUUUGAUCAGCUCAUUAAUAGGA